AUGGUGUUAUGUCCGCCGUUCAAGUGGAAUAGUCGCGGCAAAUUUAAAUUAUGCGAACCUGCUAAACUCAAUGAUCCCGAUGACCGCCGAGCGACGAUAUUAAUAUUGCCAGAAAGGGACACCGAGGUCUUUUAUAGUAAUAAUGAAACACAAACACAGUCACACACACCACGUGUCGUACCACCUCUUACAAACGGUGACGUGCCAUUACAAAACAAUACAACUACGCCCGUUAAAAAUUCAGAAUCAAUAGAAUCUAAAAAUGAUGCUGCGCAAGAUAAUACCAAUGUUACUAACAAGAGAAUCAGUCGUGUAAGCGUAAAAAGUAAAAUAAGUUACAGAGAUUCGGAGGGCAAUUUAUUUUUUGAGGAGCGUAAGAGUAGUGCAGGACGUAAGACUGUGGCAGAGUUGGUGCAAAAUGAUCCUGAUAAACGGGUGCGACGCAAACGUGGCGUGAUUGCUCCCCACGACGUCGAAGACAAUAAGCGUUCCUUAACUGAUUUACAAUAUGAAAAGUACGAGAAAGAUGACAAGUCCAAAGAACAAAUAAAAAAAGCGGUGAUGGCAAACGACUUUUUAAAAAAUAUAAUGGUGGAUGAACGACUAACAUCAGUCGUAGAGGCUAUGAGUCCACAAAACUUUGCAGCAGGAAGUCUUAUUAUCAGAGAAGGCGAAAGUGGGAGCCAUCUCUUUGUGUCAGCAUAUGGGCAGUUUGAAGUACUCAAGGGAGGCCAUGUUGUAAAAACUUUUGGAGAAGGAGAAGUGUUUGGUGAACUCGCUAUUUUAUAUAAGGCUAAACGUUUUGCCUCUAUACGAUGUCUAACCGAAGCCAGAGUAUGGAUGUUAGAACGCCGCGUAUUUCAAAAAAUAAUGAUGCGAAGCGGUCAACAAGAACAAAAGGAUAAUCUACGAUUUUUAGAGUCGGUACCACUCCUGCAAGGCAUUCAUCCCAUAGAACUAGCUAAAAUCGCCGACUUCUUGAAGAGGGAAUUUUUUUCGACUGGUACUGCGGUGGUUCGACAAGGCGAACGCGGUGAUAAGUUCUACAUAAUUCGCGGAGGAACUGUAGUGGUAACUAAACGGGAAGGUGAAGGAGGCGAAAACCAAGUUGGAAUACUGCAUCGUGGAGAUUACUUUGGCGAACAAGCUCUGUUACAUGAAGACCGAAGACUAGCUACCGUUACCGCUCAGGCACCCGGUGUCGAAUGCCUCACUCUUGAACGAGGGCAUUUCACUGAAUUGUUGGGUAAUUUAAAAGAACUAAAAGAAAUUCGACAUGAAGUACCACGACUGUCACAACAAAAGAAAAUGUCUCAAGUUAAAAGUGAAUAUGAGUUUGUGGAAUUGAAAGACUUAGAAAUAGUUGGCACAAUGGGUGUCGGAGGUUUUGGUCGCGUGGAACUGGUGCAGUACAAACGUAAUCCUAAUCUUACCUUCGCUCUUAAAUGCCUCAAGAAAAUAGACAUGGUGCAACAACAACAGCAGGAACACGCUUACAAUGAGAAACAUAUAAUGAUGUGUUGCAAUAGUCCGUUUAUUUGCAGGUUAUAUCGCACAUUUAAAGAUAACAAAUACCUUUAUUUCUUAAUGGAGCCCGUGCUGGGUGGUGACGUUUGGACCCUCUUGCAGAAACAGCGCUACUUUCCAGAAAACGUUACACGGUUUAUGAUAGCGUGUGUAGUCGAAGCAUUCCAGUACUUACAUUCUAAAGACAUCGUCUAUAGGGAUCUUAAGCCUGAAAAUCUGAUGCUUGACAAGCAAGGUUAUAUUAAAUUGGUUGACUUUGGUUUUGCGAAGCGAGUUUCACCUAACGCCAAAACAUGGACAUUUGCGGGCACACCUGAGUAUGUAGCUCCGGAAAUUGUUCUUAAUAAGGGUCAUGAUCGGGCUGUUGACUGUUGGGCGCUGGGUGUUUUAAUACAUGAGUUGCUGGUAGGAAGGCCGCCGUUCCGCGCCCCUGGUGGAGACCACAUGAAGACUUAUACGCUAAUACUGCGGGGCAUAGAUGCGGUGGUUUGGCCGCCGCGAGUAGCAAAAUCUGCUCAAUUGCUGAUACGUAAACUGUGCCGACCCAUCCCUGCUGAGCGCCUCGGCUACCUCAAAAACGGAAUAGUGGACAUAAAAAAUCAUAAAUGGUUCUUGGGCAUCGAAUGGGACGGCUUAGCCGAGAGAAGACUAAAAGCACCGCUGAUACAACCUAUCGCCAGUGACUUGGAUCUUGGUAACUUCGAGAAAUAUCCAAAAGACAAACUCCCAGCAGAUGAAAACUCAGGAUGGGACGCAGACUUCUAA